GCAGGCUCAAAGAGCCAGCAUUCUCUCACUGUGAGAGCCAGCCCAGCCAGCACGUACAGUACGGGUUACAGUUAACAAGAACAAUCGUAUGUUCUGUCAAGCCCACUGCUGUCAGGGAUACUAGUUCCAGGGACCUGACCAGCAGAACUGCGAUGGACCUUUUCGAGUUUGACUUCUUUAGAGACUGGGAAUUGGAGCAAUCGUGUCACUACGAGCAGGAUCGGAAUGCACUGCGGAGGAAGGAAUGGGAAAGACGCAACCAGGAAGUCCAUCAAGAUGAGGACCUGUUUGCUGCAAGCUUUAAUCUAUUCAGUGAACCCUACAAGUCUUGUAUGCCGUCUAAUUUCUUUCAGACCAGCAAGGGGGAUGCUCUUUCCAAUCGUGUGCAGAGUACAUUAGGGAACUAUGAUGAAAUGAAGGACCUGUUAACGAAUCGCUCGAACCAGAGUCACCUCGUAGGGAUCCCCAAGUCGUUGAUUCCACAGACACCUGUCGAGAAAAUGGAGCAGAGUUUCUUCACCGAACCCAGAGCCAAAAUAGCCUCAUCCCACCAAAGCAGUAGUCAUUCCUCAUCAUGUAUGCCUCCACCUUCUUCCUCUUUGUCAUUGAGUUCAACAUUGCUGCACGGGCACCAGAGCAGCAAGAAAUCCCGGAUGGACUGGCCUCGCAGUGGCCAUGGUUCUGGGAGUGGGCACAGCGUGCAAUCCAUAGGCCAGUCCAGCAAUCAGCAGAGCCGAGGAAAGCAUGAACAAGCCCAGGACCGGUACGGUGACCUGUAUAGCAAUCAGACUGAGCAGCACAAAAAUGAUCAUCAGGCUAUUGGUGAUGAUUGCGUUAAGUCACAGUCACCUAGUCCCAGUACCACUUCCCGUUCCAAAAGACACAGCCAUUCCAAAUCCAGCAGUGGGGAUCAUGCCUAUAAAGAAAGCUGCCAUGGAAAGUCUCCCGUUGACAGUGACACUGCUCUCCAUUCUGCGGGAUCUCCAGCUCCUUCAACAUCCCUGAUACCCUGCAGCAGUGCAAUCUCCGCUCAGAAUUUCCCUCCUGGACUGUAUUCUAAGUCUAGCAUGCUCCAACAGAAGCCCACUGCUUAUGUGAGACCAAUGGAUGGGCAAGACCAAGUUCCUAUCGAGUCGCCCGAACUAAAGCCACUCAUGGAGAUGGACGAUGCUUUUAGCAGCCAGCUGUUUGGCAGCCUUCUAGAUGGAAAGCCCAGCACAGCAAGUACUAAGUGCAAGUUACCAAAGCUGACAAUCCCUCAACCUGGUGAGGUCAGCCUUUCCAACGAGACCAGCUGCGUGGAAGAAAUAUUACGGGAGAUGACACAUUCCUGGCCUCCUCCUCUAACAGCCAUACACACGCCUUCCAAGGCUGAACCAACCAAGUUCCCAAUUCCAAGCAAGGACUCUCAGCAUCUAACCUCUGGGUACAAUGGACAAAAGCGCUGUGAUGUUCAAGGAAAACCUCCAACAAAGUCUGCACCACAGAAAUCGAUGCUCGAAGAUGAUCUGAAGCUCAGCAGUGAUGAGGAUGAUGGUGAACAGGUGGAGAAAACCAAGAUUCGAUCCAUCGCUGUAAACAGCAUCACUUUGCAGAAUUCCCACGUUUCAGGCUCCGGCCAUUCCAGUGGUGGAUGCAGCAGCUCCAGUGAGUCUGGGAGCAGCUCGGAAUCUGACUCAGACAGCGAAAGCAGCUCCAGUGACAGUGAAUGCAACGAGCACUCGCGUAGUGCCACACCAGAGCCCGAACCACCAUCAACCAAUAAAUGGCAAUUGGAUAAGUGGCUCAAAGUCCACUCACACAACAAGACCAUCGUCAACAACCAAACCGAUUGUGAUGGACUUGGUGAUUCUCAACCUCAGAGCAAUCAACAGAAUGACAAAGAGAUCAAAGGGAAGCAGACCAUAUCACUGCCUCAGCCAGAUUCCAAAGAUAGGGUCUUACUCAGUCCCGUCAGGGAGAAAGCUAAACCAAGGACUGCACAGAAAACCCCGGAAGGGAAAAGUGUGAAGCAAAAGUCCCCCGUACCCAAUGAGCCAGCUCCUCCAAGGAAGACCACGGGUAAGAAACAGCCCAGGAGAGUGGAAUGCACUCCCAGCUUGGAGGAACAGAGCUGGGCCAAGCCAAAUAACCCCAGCAGCACUCCCAAAGAAAGAGAGAGCCGAGGAGCUUCAGCCGAACAACCCAAAGCAAAGCCGAGAGCAGCCAUUAGCAAAACGGGACCCAGGAAAGAGCCAAGAACCAGCACAGCGCCUGCUGUUGACAGGAAAAAGCACAGAGUGCCUGGUAAGAUUGUGCCUAAAUCGAGAGAGUUUGUAGAGACAGACUCGUCUGAUUCCCACACAGAUCAAGAAGAACACAUGCCAGUGAAAAUCCCAGUGGGUUCCACCAUCACGACAAACUCACUGCAACCUAAGGAUUGUGGGAGCGUCAGUAACUGUGCGAGUAGCAUUUCCACCGACGCGCCUAUUACUGACUUAGAGGAACCCUCAUUCUCACCUCUUCCACUACCGCAAAAUGAACUUCUUUCCCCCCUGAGAGAUUAUGAGGAAAUUAAAUCGCUUUGGGUGAAAUUUGAUCUCAGUCUGUUGUCCAGGAUUCCUGGACAAACCCCAGCAGAGAUAACGCCGGUGAAGAUAGAGGUCAGAGAGUCCAACAGUAAAUGCAACUAUCAGUCGCCUACCGCAAUGACGGACAAAAACACAAUCAAAACAAAACGGAAACACAAGGUGGAACAUCCAGAAGUUCUCUGCGAUAACAAGAAACAGCGUGUGGAAAGGGAGAUAACUGCUCCAACACUUGUACCUGUCAGCUGUCCAGUUGCCUCCAGUCACAAGCUUCUGAGCAGCAAAGAGCUAUCGAAGCAGUUAACAAAGAGGGAGAGGAAGUUCCCACCUCCGCUGUCACCCUUGCCAGAUGAGCCUGAACCCAAGCGACGGAACAGUGAGAGUAACCCCCUGAGCCAGGAAAGCAACAGCAAUUCGGUAUCAGCCAGUGCCUCGCAGUCAUCCGCACAAUACAAGCACCGGAAAGCUGACAAUAAACCCUCUUCCCAUGUGAAAGAUCCCAUUGAGGCUGAAUCACAUCUGAACCCGUCCAAUAUUCACCAUGAAAAUGGCCAGUCACAAACAGAUCCCUGGACGUUAGUAUCCAAUGGUCAUUCAGAGCCAAGAAGACCGAAAUUAACUUUUGAUGAUACGUCGCAUAAUGCUGAUUACUACAUGCAAGAGGCCAAGAAGCUGAAACACAGAGCUGAUGCACUGCUUGAUAAGUUUGGAAAAGCAGUUAAUUAUGCAGAUGCAGCACUAUCAUUCAUUGAAUGUGGAAAUGCCAUGGAGCGUGAUCCAUUAGAAGCGAAAUCCCCAUACACCAUGUAUUCUGAGACCGUGGAACUCAUCAGGUACGCCAUGAGGUUAAAGAAUUUCACAGGUUCUAUGGCCACGUUAGCUGAUAAGAAACUGGCAGUCUUAUGUUACCGAUGCUUGUCACUUCUCUAUUUGCGAAUGUUCAGACUUAAGAAAGACCAUGCCAUGAAGUAUUCUCGAUCCUUGAUGGAAUAUUUUAAGAGUUCCUCAAAAGCCUCACAAGCUCCUUCGCCUUGGGGAACAAAUGGAAAAACCACAGGAACAGCCUCCCCUUUAUCUCCCAGCCCAUCUCCCGUCAGCUCAGUCGGGUCUCACGGGAGUAGCACAAGCACCUCUGGCUCAUCACCCUCAGCGACCAUCAGCAUUCCACAGCGUAUCCACCACAUGGCUGCCAGUCACGUCAACAUCACCAACAACAUCCUCAGGAGUUAUGAACACUGGGACACGGCUGACAAGUUGGGCAGAGAGAACAAAGAGUUUUUUCAUGAGCUGGACACACUGAUGGGACCGUUAACACAGCACAGCAACAUGACUACCUUGGUUCGGUACACUCGACAGGGACUGCAUUGGCUGAGGGUCGAAGCUCAUUUAUUAUAGUGACUGUGCUGUGCACUCCUUUUCUGCAUUUCUGUCUCUACCUCUGCCAGGACCAUGACUGGUGGAACCCCUUGCCGCUCCGCAGCUCCAAAUUGAGUCACCGACGUCGGGCCCUCUCCAGCCAUCCUUAAGACUCGUGACGAUGUUAUUGGAGCCAGUUGAUGCUCAUCCCACAAGAGGGACCUGUACGUAGUACUUCAAAUGCAAAAGCGCCGUUUUGUGCUCGUCUGUUUCCAUGGGACUUCACUGACCUCUUUGGUCUUUGGAACAACCAAUCCCUGAGGCAUUUCACCACCUUCCUGCCUGCAGGCCCAUUCUAACUAGGACCAUGUUCGAGAUGGAGACAAAGAGUGCCUGAGAGAAAUAAAAUGAAAUGCCUGAGAGGAAAGUGAGUAUGUUGAGUCCCUGAUGGAUAACCCGCGGGAGGAAUUGCUCCUGAAGAAUUCAUUGUUGCGUUCUCUCAUAGACCACAUGAGGAACAUGCUGCUUCAUGACAGACUGCUGAAGGGGUCAGAUUGAGGCGUAAGGUCAAAACUGAGAGUCUGACACGUGGUGGAGUCAUUUGACUCUGUAUUUUAUACCCUCUUUUUGAAUCUGAAAGUAAACCUACACAGGUAGAAAUGGAAAAUUGUGCAUUAAAUUGAAGUACUCUGUCCGUGUUUUCCGUGGAGUGAAAACUCAUCAUCUUACAUGUUGUAUGGUAUGCCUUAGAGAUUUGUGAUCACAAGCACUUUUUUUUGAGAAUAUUUAUUAGGAUGUAAGUCCUGACACCUAGUUGGUGUGUGAAGAAAGAAUUCCAUGCUCAUGGCCUCUGCAUUUAUUAGGGAAGACUCAAACCCUGAGACUAUCUUACCCUCAAAAGCGAUGGUCAAUCUUCUGAAUUUACAUGACAAAACCAUGGGAAAUAUCCAAGUCUCUUAUCUUUUUCAUUCCAGAAGAUCCAUCUUUCAUUCAUAGUCUUGCGAUCUUUCCUUGACGACCAAUUGCAACAUGUCAAUCCGCAACUAAAUCCAGAAAAAGAGAACUGUCCCCCUACAAAAAGGUGAUGGCUAGCUAUUUGUGAAUUGUUGGUUCAUAGAUAGAAACAAUGAAGGAGGUUCAACAAUUGAAGCUUUAACUCACGACGGAUGAGAAGGUUAAAAGAAAGGACUUUGGGAUUGCAAGCACUUUCUAAAGCAGGCAAUUGUUCUUCCUCAAUCUUAUUAUUAGUGGGAGCGAGAAGUUAAUCUGUUUGAAAGACGUGGGUUGACAACUAAUCUUAAAUAAUGGAGAGAAAGAGAGAAUACAGAAGGAGACAUCAAAUGCUGGUAUGCAGAGAUCAAGGUCUUCUCCCAGAAUGCUACAGACUGCUCAAACCUGACACAGAUCCCUGAUGCCAACUUCCAUCAAAAUGAAUCAUAACUUAAAAUAACUGAGAGAGAAGACAUAAGGAACCCUCUUCACCUAAUGGGAAUCUCAUCUAAGGUUUUUAUGGAGUCAGCUGGAGGCAAUUUUUGGUGGAAACAUAACAUGCUGUUUGUUUGAUGAAGAGUCCUUAAAGCAUUCCUGAGAGAGUGUCUGGUAAAAGUUGCAAUUAUCAUUAAUGUACCGCCCAUUACAUCAAUAUUGGUUUAGCUUCAGAACCGAAAUACGAUGCAAUAAGAUUUUAAAAGGCAAACUCAUGCUAGAUGCUUUGGUAUGACGUACAUCUUACAAAUGCAGACAUCAAUAAGAUUUGGUUACAAAGGCUGUCUGUGCCUUAUUACCUUUUGAAAGCACAGCUAAGUUGAGUCUGAGAUUGUUUCUGUUUCAUAAACUGUGGAGCCUACAGUCACAUCCAUGGGCAAGCCUCAAAGUAACAGGUGUGAUCUGUCCCCAGAUAUGAUUGCUGUUUUCAAAAGCCCCUGGGCAGAGUCUGCUGCUGUUGCUAGGGGCGAGCUUGGAAGUGGGAAAGGCUUUUAAUUCGUCAGGGUGGUGGCAUAUUGGAACUCACUGCCUUUCCAAUCCACCAAGGUUAGCUUCAAAGCCCAUAGUCAGUCUGCCAUCCACUGAGGCCUUUGGAUGGGAAGUUAACGGCUGAUUUAACACAACAUCGUACUGCUGCCCAUAUUAACUCAACGGCAGGCAAAUGGUCAUCUCCCUUGGGGAGGGGGUCAGUCCCGUGAUUAAAGGCUCUUGCUGUCUGAGCAAGGGACUGGAAAUCAGGGAGGGGAGGGAGUGGGGGUGAGGUGGAGGGGUAUGGCAUCACCUCUGCCUCUUGCUAUUGAAUCACGUCCCAGUAGGCCGCACCUUCCCAAGGGUUGGGUCACUUCAUAGUAUUGGGGCUAUAUUCCCAUGACAACAGCCAUUCCUUCCUGUCCUGCACAGCCAAGCACAAGAGUUUCUAGCCUCUAAUUCCAUUCCCAGUACUGCCCACAUUGGCUUGUGAUAAGUAUGCCUCCCUGAAAAUUGGCAGCAGGGAGCCCUGUUCAUCUCUCCAUCUGGCAAUUGAGACCCCCUACAUCUCCAAGAUCCCAAUAAUUUCACAAGAGCAUAUUUUCUAAUCUGCAGGAAACCUCGUUGCCAUUCCCACUCAUCAAGCAAUCAUUUGUUUCCGCAUUGUGGGCCUCCUCUGACAUGGAAAGGGAAAAUCUAAUGUAUUUUUAUACCUUUGGUGAUAUGGAACCUGAGUAUUGUUGAUAAAAGUCCAAGCUAUUCCUUUUGCUCUUGUCAGGGCAAUUCAUGAGAAUAGCAAUUGGAGGGGAAAACCAACGUUUAGGAGAGGACAUUGCUGAUCGCUAGCAAACAGACUCUGAUUGAUAAGGUAUGCCAUGGAGAAUGCAUGAGUUAAAUGAUGACUGACACUUAACUGCCAAGCUUUGCCUAAAUUUUAAGCCACGCAGAUUUGUCAAGGCUUGCCCUGAGAUAUUAACUGAGGAAUGGCUAUCACCUAUUUUGUCAAUUCGAAGGAGGUGGAAUGUGUGUGCAUAUUCUUUCUGUCUGUGAAGAACAGGGUUUUGUGUUAAGAAACUGUAUAGCUUCUCGUACUCACAAGUACUGUGAGCUUAGCUGACAGUCCUAUUGUUAGAUUAAUGUUUUGCACACUCAGGCUUGUCCAGCAAGUGUUGCCCAAUUAUAAAAUUCCAUCUAAUGGUGCAUACAGUGUUUUGCAAGAGUGGUCUGGUUGGGUACAGUCCAUACCCUAUAUUUAACUAAUUGCAUUCUCCAUGAUACUACCUCUACCAGUCAGAGUCCAUUUGCCAACCAAUCACCACUCUGCUCUGAGCAGGAUUUCUUGUGAAUUGUCCUGAUGAGUGCAAAGCUUUCACAAAAUCUGCCUUUUUUCAGCAGGACUUAUUUUCAUGUUGAUGAAUGGGUUGAGAGGAAAUAAAACAGUAUUCAUUUUA